GCCCAACUCUACCUCUGAUUGGCUUACAAUUAAAUUUUACUCUACCUCAGCCAAUCGUGAGCAUUUAUGCGCUUGUCUCGUGCUCUGCCCAUUAACCAAGGUAGAACAGUAAAAAAGUGUCUCUCGCUCAGAGAUCUAUUUGGUCUGAUGAGAAAAAAAAACAGCUUCAUCAGUUAUAGUAACGCGCCGCAUUUUUUGGCAGUAACGGUAACGGCGUUAUUAAGAUGAGAAGAGUAAUCAAUUAGAUUACUCGUUACUGGAAAAAGUAAUGCCGUUGCCGUUAUUCCCAUCACUGUUCCUCACACAUAGCCUGGCAGGUUGGGUAUUUAAGAACAUCAUGUGCUUGACACAUGCAGCAGCUGUAUUGUCGGUAAGGGGUGUGUAUAUCAGUGUAUGUUUGGAUGAGAUAUUCCUUGUCAUUUUAACUACCCACCUUUCAGUCACCUGUGCCUGCUGUGGUGUUUACUUCUGUAUGCACUCUGAUACUGGACACUUUUAAACAGAUUUAUGGCAUAGUUUCACACUUUGGUAUAUCAUUAAAUGUUGAUUUAUUCAAGAAAGGUGAUGCUGUUGGUAAAUGAGUUUACUGCCUGCUUGGAAGUUUCAAAUAUCUGCAUUGAUAAACUUUUCCAGAGAUGUUUUAUAUAAGUGUGCAAAUCUUUUCAGUUUAGAGUGUCCUUUAAUACUUUUUUUAAUAAUAGUUAGUGUGUGUCUGCCAUUUAGCUUUAGUUUUUCCUGUCCCACAGAAUGCAUCAAACUGAUCAAAUGUGACGGUAAAGACUGUUAUUUCACAUAAAUGCUGUUUUAAACUUUCUAUUCAUUAAAGAUUCCUGAAUUGAAUCAAUGGCUAUUGAAAAUUCAACUUUGCCAUUACAAGAAUUUAUUAAUUAAAAUAUACUAAAAUAGGAAAUAGCUAUUUUGAAGUAUAAUAAUAUUUCACAAUAUUAGUCUGCUUACUGUAUUUCUGAAUAAAUGAUCACAGCCUUGGUGCGAAUUAUUAUUAUUUUUAAAUCUUACAUGAUAACUACAAACUAACCAUUGAACUAUAGCUUCUCUUGAGUGACAGAUUAGUUAUGCAAAAUUUUCAACCCUGCUACCUGCUGAAUUUUUCUAUUUAAUUUUAUUUAUUUAAUAUUUAUUGGUACAAUUAACUAUUACACAACAGUACAUCAAUGCUGAAUGGGUUUUAAGCUGCAUUUAGAUGCUCUAAAUGGAUAACAGUUUUACAAAAAUGGCAAAACUAAAAACAAAAUGUAGGUAGUUUAACCUUCUGAGGGUUGAGCACAUUUCCUUAUGCAAACCAUAAAUCAUUUUUGAGAGUUCCAGCCCUAUUUUGUUCCUUAUUUGUGAAAACAUGCCAGAUAAAUUAAGUUUCAAAAGCAUGCUCAUGAGGAAGGAUGCUUUAGUCUUGAUCUGCUAUUCUUCUCUCUGCUUCAGGAAAAACGAAGUCAUGAUGUGAGUGAGCGGUGGGCUGGACAUCUGAGACAUUACGUCAACAUAGAUUCAGACAAAACAGGUCAAAAUACAAGUCCGUUCUCUGAACAUGCCCAAACAGAACCAGUGGCCUUAUGUAAUGUUACGAUGGAAUCCUUUUGCCAUGCACAAUGAUGCAGAAGGGAAUGACAGCCCAAACAAAAGUAAACUAAACCUAAUUCAUCAACUCAACAACAUUAUACAACAGAAAUACCUUUAAACAUACAUGUCUCUUUGAGAUUUGCUCUACCGAUUACUGCUAACUGGGUCAAGCACAAGUCAAACUGGACUAGUUUUUGUUCUCAGUACACUGUGUUUCUCUACACUUACUAAUUACUGUAUAACACUGGAUAACAAACCUUUAUAAGGAAACAUUUAUCCACCAUUUCUGUCUGAUGUCUAACAUUCCUGUUAUUUAUCAUUUCCUGCUGAUCUAAUCUAGCCUCUCAUUUCAGUGGUGUGUGGUCUAUGUACCAAACUGGCCUAAAGGGGGAUAUGUUACACCCCCACAAAGCUUGUUUCCCGGCAGCAGCAUGUUUUUCACAUUCCAGAGUUGUGAGAUCAUAUUCCAAUUCAGCUCUCUCCUGAAUGAUAUCUGUGUUCAGAGCCCCAAACAACACCAUCCUUCAUAUGGUACCAAUCGUGCCGCCCACGAUAGACCCUUUGAGCGCUAUACCGCACAACAACAACAACAAUAAACAGACUCCAGUCUGUAAACACUAUAGCACUGUCAGUGCAGUAUAAUUCAAAUAGGGGGAGGUUAAAUUUCUUCUGUGAAUGAACAUACCCCUUCUCAGUUUCACCAAUGUUUUGGGAUUCUAAAGAGACUGCAGGAGGGAGGGAGGGAGAGAGAGAGAGAAAGAGAAAGAAAAGGAGAUGAAAGCCAGACAUCAAAGAAAAAAGAAGCCAAAUGCCAAAGUGCUCAUUGAGGACAAAAGCAUUAUUUUAAAUGCCGAAACCCGCUCAGUCUCCACAGGCAUUCUAGAAUCAGCUGGUUCACAUGAUUUUUAGGGCUGUUUUAGAACUUCAAGUUCUGAAUAAAGAAUGGUUUUAAUCUGGCAGAGGGAAGCAUUACAUCUCCAUAUCUUGGAACCAACCUCUUCCUUAUUCCUUACUUAAAUGCUGUAGCACACCUCUGCUGUAAAUAACCUUUGGCGUGGGAGGAAGUGAAUGCAUGACAGAGUAGGAAUUUAGACCAUUUUAACAACCUUCAAAACAAAUCUGAAUGCUUUUUCAGUAACACAGCGAGCAUAAAGUAUGUAAACUUUGUAGGAUGGGGUUUAUGGGUGUGCACAUGUUUUACCUUUGGUUUUCAAAUGAAUGUAAAUGGCUUGAGAGGGAAUGACAUUGAAUGUUUGCUUAAAACACACACUGCAGCUUUGUUACGAGGACAAUUGGGUUCUGUCAGUGCUGCAUGCAAUACUUUCCCAGAAAAAAAUUGCAAAAGCAUAUUGUCUAUGGUAACUUCAGAGAUUAAAAAUACAAUGAGCACCGUUUUGGUAUAUUACACUUUAUUUAUUGUUUUGAAAUCCCUGCAUAAUGGUCAUCAAAAGAAAAUUUGGAUAUGUGUGGCUGGAUGAACAAGAGAGAACUGCAGGGUUGGCGAUAGAUGUGUACUUUAACCUUUCACAGACCGGGAAAAGCAAAGCAAAUACGGAACCAUGGAAUUCACCACUUGGGGAAUUCUUCUCACAACCAAAGAAUGGUAUAUUUUAAUCAUUGGCAAGAUGCAAUUAAUUAAGGUAGACUUUAACUUUUUAGUCCUGUAAUGAGUACCUGUCUCAUUUAAAGAAUUACAGUUUGAAACAGUGUUGUUGUUUUGUAGUAAAUUAGACUUUCCUGUAAAAUGAGUGGUUCUCUGUCUCAAGGUUUUUCCCAUGUACUUUUGCUAAUUUUUUUUAACCGUUGAAUUGGUUUGCGUUUGGCAUUUCCCCCCUCAAACCCACAAAGGUAAGUCCCUAGGCAUUUGAACGACCAAUGGCCCACAGCCAAUUUUCACAUUCAUUCAUGCUUAAAAUACUGGUCUUCAAAAUUUCACAUGCCUUUAAUAAUUGACUGGCAGCAAAUCCUUGUGUAUAUAUAAAAAAUGGAGCUACUUGGCUAAUCUGAAGUAUGUCUCUCAUUUACUCUGUAGGGAUUAGAUAAAUGAGUGGCCAUCUCCACAAGAAUCAGUCUCUUUCAGAGUGACUGGCCUGGGAAAAAUGGUCUGCAUGCAUUUUUGGACGUCAUGACAUGACAACGUGCAAAACAAUGACCAUGGAAAAAAAUUAUUCACAUAUUUCAGAUAUGUAUUAUCUUAAUCAUAGAUGGCAACAUCUAUGAUUAAGAUAAUACAUAUCUGAAAUAUGUGAAUACUUAUUUUAGGGUUUCAUUGAGUGUUUUAAUUUCGUUUUGACUAAAUGCUAUGCACAAAUGGCAUUGCCAAAUCAUUAAAAAGAUAAAAUUUAUAAUAUUUAUUUUAAUAAUAUUUUCAAAAAAUAUAUAUAUGAGUAAUACCAUGACAGGAGUUUAUAGCAUUUGAUGAAGUGCACUACACAGUUUUCAGAAGAGCCAAGUUCAAAGGUUGCCAAGUUCUACUCUAAAUUAGCAGUCAUAAUUUGUUUUUUUAUGCUCCACCAGAUUCAUAUGGUAUAACAUAAACAGUUAAAAUAGUGUUUGGUUAUUUUUCUACUAUUUAUAGAAACAUCGUAGUGCUGACACUUGGAUGCUAAUGAUCCGUGAUGACAACUAGAUGACAACAACAAGAACAGCAGCCACAUGCUUUCACAAUUUACUUAAGAAUAAACUAAAAGAUUAUUUUUUAAUCAAUUUUAGUUUACAUGUUUCAGUUUAUGUCCACUAAUAAAUAAUUUAAUUUGGUAAAUGCUGCUUUUUGUGAGUGGAUAUAUAUUUUUUUAAUCAAAUUAGUUUUAAAAACUCUUUAUCCAGUAGCCUACUGCUCCAAAAGCCUGGAAAAAUAAUGGAAAGAUUUUCAGAUCAAAUCAUUUUGUGAAAAUGAGAAAAACCUGUUUCAUAGAAUUUCAUUCUGUCAUUUUACUUGGCUACGUUACGUUACAUCUGUUGUUACGCGAGAGUUCAGCAGAUGAACUUGAAUAACCAUUUCCGGACACGAGCGUACUUCACUGCAGUCUGUCUCCUCCUGGCGGCUGCGGAUGAAUAUCCUCGUUCUAUUAGUUUGGUCUGGAGCAAGAUCUGUACAUCGAUUACUCUCUUAACACCACAUUAGGCUAGUGAGGCUGACAUUUAUUCAGCUGUCAAGCUGGUAUGUUCUGAUAAAAAAUUAAAAAACCUCCAGAUGCGCUCCUGAUGAUGCAGUGAUAUUCUGUUUUACGCAACAGAUUUGCGUCCUGUCCUGAAAUCUGGUCCCCUGCUCUAUUUUAACUUGUCAUGUCAUUAUAAAUGAUAAAUACCAAUCUUAUCGUCUUUACAUAUCUGUGAAAUAGAUUUAGGAGUCAGGAUGAGUUUAGCUUUCAGCAGGGCUCCUCGAAAGACUGCGGGAAACCGCAUGUCCAGACUGCUGGAUGCAGAGGAGGAGGAUGAGUUCUACAAGACCACCUAUGGAGGAUUUCACGACGAAUCAGGUGAUGACGAAUAUAAGGGUGACCUGUCUGAAACGGAGGAUGAGGUGGACAGUGACUUUGACAUUGAUGAAGGGGAUGAACCCGACAGCGAGCAGGAGGAGGAUGGGCCGCGUCGCAAGAGCAGAGUGGUGACCAAAGCUUACAAGGAGCCAGUUAAAGUGGUGCGGCAAAAACCAAAACAACGGAAACUGGCUGAACUGCCCAGGAGGACAGUCAAGACAAAGAUCAACAAAUACAACCCUCCAGAACUGCAGGAGGACAUCAACAAGAACAGGAAGUCGGUGCGUCAGUCAACAACAGAACACACGCGGCUGACGUACUUGAGGCUGCAGGAGAGGCAGGUUGCUCCGCGUCGAAGAAAGGGUACGAGACAUGAGCGACCUUUGACCCAGGCUGAACUUUUAGCAGAGGCCAAGGUCACAGCACAGAUUAACCUUCGAUCACUGGAAAACUACGAGCGUUUGGAGGCAGAUAAGAAACGUCAGGUUCAUAUGAAGCGUCAGUGUGUGGGAUCUGUUAUCCGAUAUCACUCUGUGCUCAUGCCACUGGUGUCUGACGUCACUCUUAAAGAGGAAAACGUGGAUGUAGAAGGUUUGGACCAAGACGCCCAACAGAAUCCAGGGCCUCGCCCUCCACAAGCUCUUUCCCAGUCAGAAUCAACCCUAGCUGCGCCACCUAGUGUCAUAUCCGCUAACACAGCUGCUGUAAACCCUCUCCUGUCCUCAGGGCCUGCCAAAUGCUCCCGCACCUACAUCACAUUCAGUGAUGAUGAAUCCUUCCAGCGUUUCUUUCCCCAGUCCCCACCUCCUCGAAUUCCUGUCCAGGAGAUCUGCCCUGUUACCCAUAAGCCAGCGCUCUACCGAGACCCCAUCACAGACAUUCCCUACGCUAAUGUACAAGCCUUUCGGAUCAUCCGGGAAGCCUAUAAAAAGUAUGUGGCGGCCCACGGCCUGCCCUCCACUGGCACAGCGACUCCAGCUGACACCACUGCAAAGAAUCUGCGCCAGAAGAUCAUUAUUAAACAAGGGCCCGCUGUCUCUGGGCGAGCUGUGUGAAUUGAGAGUACCACGGUGCAGCAAGCAUGUCUAAAAGCGAUCCCCGAGACAUCGACGAGGAUGCCAUCCUCAGGGGCCUCAGCGCCGAAGAGCUGGACCAGCUGG